CGAGCCUUUCCGCCUGACAAGCACAGCCAGCCGGGAGGAUCCGCCGUCUCCGCCCCCUCCAAUAGGUUUCUAUUUCCCAGCUUUUGCUUUGCGCGUCAUCUGGAGCCAGGGCGCAGGGCUGCAGCAGCAUCCAAGCCUCGCCGCGCACGGAAGACCCGGAGAGGCGGAGACGAACGGGUAGGUCUUGCCCCUGGGACGCCUCCCUUUUCAUUUUGGGGGGCGGCCGGGUGGGGUUGGCUGGCUGGCAGCCAUCCAGGACUCCUGGGUUCCUUUUGUUGGAGGGAAACGGGGAAACGGAGAAGUUGGUGUUUUUGCUUUUGUAGCAGGCAUUCUCCCUAUCCUGUAAGACCAGAACCGGAGUCGGGGGUGGGGAUCCGGGACACGCAAAAUAGAGCAUAUUUAUGCACACAGCGCCUAAUUAAAGCUGUUUUUUAAAAAAAUAAAUUAAAAUAUAAAAAUCUUAGCCACGUUUCUCCAGGAUCCAAAAUCCUCGCUUGGAUUUUACUUUAUUUGUAUUAGGACCAAUCCCGCAAAAGAUCACAAAAUAGUGAGCAAGCUUUUGAGCUCUUCGGCGUUCUUCCGCAUCAGGCUUGAUGUUCAAAAACAAACGGAAAGAGAGCAGUUAAAGAACAAGGGCAAUUAUUGACGGUGUGUUGUGUUCAGAAAGGCCUGCAUCUAUCAAGAUGGAGGCCGGCAGGCUUGUUUUGAUUAUUAAACGUCUCUUUGAAGGUCUUGGGUUACAACCAGGAUUCUGUGACAAAGAAGCCGUUGGCUGACCCCCAUGUUUGGGAAAGUCUAGCAAUUCCCCAGAUCUGCCUCCAGCAAAACACACCUGUUCUUAUGGCAUUUGCUGUCACGGGGAAGGGCUUGUAGCUCAGCUGGUAGAGCAUCUGCUUUGCAGGCAGAAAUUCCUAGGUUCAAUGCCUGGCAACAUCUUCAGGUAGGCCUGGGAAUGUCCUCUAGAUAGCUGCUGCCAGUCAGUGUAGGCGCUUCUGAGCUAUGAACCAACAGCUCGGAGCGUGAUUUGGCCACCAUCUCAGAAAGUUGUGACAUGUUUCCUGGCAGGAGCGAGACCCUGUCAGCCUAUAGCUCCUCUGCUCUGUGAUCUGCACUGGCGGCCAGUUUGCUACUGGUUAGUUUUGACAUGUUACUAUUAGCACAUAAAGCCCCUUAACUGCUUGGGGCCAGUUUACCUGCAGGAUCAACCUCAUCCCAUAAAUGCUUUGAUCUGCAGAACUGGCACUCUUGCAAGUGCCAAGUGACAUAACACUCUGUUUGCACUAGUUAAGAAAUCAGGCUUUUAGGGGCUGUUUUGGUUUAAUGUAUAACUCGCUUUUUGAGUUGCUUUUCAUUUGUUUUUUAAGUGACCGAUAAGUUCGAUAACUAAAUAAAGGAUUAAUAAUAAUAAUCCCUCAUAGAACUGAUAUUCUGCUGCUGAUCCUGAAAGUUGCAUAUAACUAUUGUGACCACUGAGAGUUUUCUCCUCCAUUAAUUUGAUUAACCCCCUUUAAGCUGAAAACACGUACAUAUUAUAUAUAAUAUGCAUCGGAUAAUUAAAAGCAGAAAAGAAAGGUUUGUGGCCUGUUGCCUAAAUAUAGGUAAAGAUGGGGAGAGUGUUCCAUAACUGGGGAGCCACAACUGAGAAGGCCCAUUCUUACUGCUCUCCCUUCACCCUUGCACACUUCCCUUUGGUGUCUGGUUGGCCAAUGUGGGAACAGGCUUCUGGACAAGGUAGGCCUUUCAUGGUCUGAUCCAGGAGAGUAGUUCUUAGUUCUUCUCUUACAACCUCUAGGUUUCCCCCAGGGGCUAAGGAGUGUUCCUUUAACAAAAUUUAGAGUUCUAUCCAGUGCUGGUUUGCUCAGAAGGAGACCCAUUGAAAUUAAUGGGAUGUGGCUAACUGAGGCCCACUGAUUUCAUCGGAACUGCUCUGCGUAGAGGUUGGAUGCAGCCCUUAGUUUUUGACAGGAAGAAAGAAACCAAAUAUUUGAUUUUUCUCUGUUGGGCUCGUGGGCUGGCUUUGUUUGUUUAAAGUGGACAGAGGUGGCUUUGCUUUGGAAACAGGACUCCUGACUGGGACAUAUUUUUAGUGGUCUGAUGCUGGAGCCAAAGUCGUCUUUCUUUAUAUAGGCUGACUUACUGGGUUCUUUUUCUAGGCACUUUUCCCCUGUCGUUUGGGGACUGGUGCAUCCCUUACUAUCCAGUUUCCUCCCUUUUGACUCUGGUUGCUAUUAGAUUAUAAGCUUGCUGGCAGAGCUUUUAACUGCAGACAGUGCCUAGCAACUCUCUGUUGUUGUUGUUAUCAUUGUCACUUAUAUAAAUUUGCCUUUCUUCCUCUCCUUCAUCCGAGGACUACAGGGCAGCUUACAAUAUGAAAACACCAACAAAUACAUAACAUAGCAACAAGCAAAAACAAUAGAUUCCCCUCACAGUUUUAAAGACCAUAGAUUGUUUAAUUAGCCAAAGGCCUGGUUGUACAGGGACGUAGGUGGCGCUGUGGUCUAAACCACAGAGCCUAGGGCUUGCUGAUCAGAAGGUUGGCGGUUCAAAUCCCCGUGAUGGUGUGAGCUCCUGUUGCUCUGUCCCACCUCUUGCCAACCUAGCAGUUCGAAAGCACACCGGUGCAAGUAGAUAAAUAGGUACUGCUGUGGCGGGAAGGUAAAUGGCGUUUCCAUGCACUCUGGUUUCCGUCACGGUGUCCUGUUGUGCCAGAAGCAGUUUAGUCAUGCUGGCCACAUGACCCAGAAAACUGUCUGUGGACAAACGCCGGCUCCCUCGGCCUGAAAGCAAGAUGAGCACCGCAACCCCAUAGCCGCCUUUGACUGGACUUAACCAUCCAGGAGUCCUUUACCUUGUACAGGAACGUUAUUUGCUUGGCACCUAAAGAUAUGGAACGAAGGUGCCAGGUGAGCCUCCUUGGGGAGAGCACUCUACAAAGAGGAAUCUAACCAUACUACAAACAUAAGCAUAUAUUAUGAUUUUUUUCCUUUGGGGGCGUAGGGUAGGAUAUGUGCUUGAGCGCCCUCCUAAUUCCUGGAUCCAGCACGGCAUUCAUUUCCUGGAAUAGCCCAGGCUAGCUUCCUGGUGAUGUAAUGGCCCUAAAAGCAUGGGCCAUUAAGGUAACCAAGGAAGUGGCUUUGAGAUAGAUCACAAAUGGAUGGCCCCCCACUUCCUCAACUCACUGUAUGGAUGGUCAAUACAUAUAUGUGUGAGAGAGGGAAGGAGGGAGGCAGGCAGAGAUAAGCAUCUGCCCAUGCAUCCCUAAAGAGCAAUCUGAGAACUGCAGUUAGCAUUCUCUUUUUUUCCCUCCAUCCUCUUUUUUUUAAAAAAAAAAUUAAUCAUUUUUCAAUACAAACAACAACCGCAAAAGACACAUACAACAAAAACCAUAAUACUAAUAACACAAUUUGACAAUUCAGAUUUGAAUACACUGAUAUAUCUAUGACUAAACCCUUUUAACAAUAUUUUCCCACCACUCUCUCCUCCCCCUACUUCCCACCACUAUCCGCCUUAUCGCUUAAAUAUUCCUUCCAGAUUUCUUCAUAUUUAUCCAUUUUUAAUUUGCGUCGACAUGCAAUUCGUUCGUAUGUAGCUACUGUAUUUUUCGCUCUAUUUGUUGUUUAGUCGUUUAGUUGUGUCCGACUCUUCGUGACCCCAUGGACCAGAGCACGCCAGGCACUCCUGUCUUCCACUGCCUCCCGCAGUUUGGUCAGACUCAUGUUUGCAGCUUCUGUCCCCUCCAAAAAAUUAAGGGGAAAUGUGUGUACGUCCUAUGGAGCGAAUACAGGCUCCUUGGCUUCAGCGAUAGCAACGCGAAGCCUCCGAAGCGCAGAGGGAUCGCUCCCUCUGCGCUCUGGAGGCUUCGCGUUGCUUUCGCUGAAGCCUGGAGAGCGAGAGGGGUCGGUGUGCACCGACCCCUCUGCGCUCUGGAGGCUUCAAGGAUAGCCGCCUGAAGCCUUCGGAGCACAGUGCGAGUUCCCGCUGCGCUCCGCAGGCUUCAGGUUCCUUUCGAUGAAGCCGGGAGAGCAAGACUCUCCUGGCUUCAGCAGAGAGGGAGAGCUGCGCAGCGUCCCUUCAGCCAAGCAGGAGGAGAAAUGGAAGGGGCUCCGUUUCUCCUGCCGCUUCGCUGAAGGGGCGCUGAGCAGAGGGGGGAGAAUUUUUUUUCUGAUUCUACCCCCCAAAACAAGGUGUGUCCUAUAGAGCGAAAAAUAUGGUAAUCUGUCCAUAUUAUCAAUCCGUGUGCUCAAAGGAAUCUUUUUGCGGCUCUUCCAAUUCACCAAAACAAGUUUUUUGCUUCUAGUAUAGCACGGUACAUCCAUUUUUUUUGACCCCUUGUAAUCUCCCACGUCCUCUUUGCAGCUCCAGCCAUGGCUGGUUCCUCCGUCCUGGACGAAUCGCACCUGAAGAUCCUGAAGGCCCAGUAUGAGGCCCAGAACGCCAGCGGUGCCGCUUCCCAAAUCCAGGCUCUGGUGGACUGUGUGAACACCCUCAAGAUCCAGGUCGGGAUCCUGGGAGAGCGUGGCUCAGGGGUGAGCACUCUGGUCGGGGCUCUCCUGAACAAGCCCCGCCGGGUGACGGAUCCAUGGGCUUAUCUCCGAGAGGCCCCUGAGACCACGAAGCAGCCGGUUGUCCACGCUCACCCCAUCUACCCCGACCUCACCCUGCACGACCUGCCGGGCUUUGAGGCGUCGGAGAAGCCGUCCGCCUACCUCAAACGCUUGGGCGACCUGAGCAAAUUCAGCUGCUUUGUGGUGGUGGUCGGGGCUGGAGGCUUGAGGGACAGCCACCUCCAAGUCCUCAAGGCCAUCAAGCAGAAGGGGAAAGGCCUCAUCCUGGCACGCACCAAGGUGGACUUGGACCUGCACAUAGCCGAGCGGCGGCUCAGAUCCAGGUACAAUCCGUCCGAGCAGCUGGGGCUAAUCCGGAAGGAACUGGCAGGUGUUUUGACCAAGCAUGGGAUGGACCCCAAGAAGGUAUUCCUGGUGUCAGGGCUGGAGACGGACAGAUAUGAGUUUGCACGCUUUGAAGACAGCCUGGAAGGAGAGGUGCUCAAUUUGAAGAGGUGAGUCGGGAAGAGGGUGCCUCUCUUGAUUCACUUAUUUAUUUGUGAGUCGCCACCAAUAUCUACGCUCCAAAGCAAUUUACAAAGAUAUCCUCAAAAACAGCUAAAAUAAAAAGAGUGCAAGAACAACCGAGUAUGGGUUUUUUCAAAAAAUGAUUUUUUUUAUUUAACUUGCUCCAAACAAGCUUGCUCCAUCUUCUUGUAUGUCACAGCCAUUAGAUAUUUGAAGAUGGCCCCUCACAGCCAUGCUCUCUUCUAAGACUAUGCCCCCAUCUUAUAAUUAUUUUACAAUAAUAAUCAUAAUUAGGGAUGCAUUGCAACAAUCAAUGCAGAACUCCUAUGUGUUGCCUUUUAGCUAGAUCCACUAUUUACACGGGCAGUGAUUUGGAGUCCUCCAAUAUCUUCUUUCGGAGUUGUGUUUUCCUCAAAGUCCCAUUGUACUUGCAGCCCAUUCUCUUGAAAUGGGAGCACCUUACCUUUUCAGUGUUCCUAAGUGCUUCGCUUUGGAGCAUACCGUAGCUAAAAAGCUCCCCUUUCCUUCUCAUUGGGUGGCCCUAGGAAGCUGGAGACAGGGAGAGUGCUGGGACUCUGCUGCAGAAAUACCAAUGGGUCGGCCAUCCCCUCUGACCCCAGACCACUGCACCACUGGCUUCGGCCUUGCCAACUGCCAACGUGCAACUCCUGAGGAAAUGCAGCCCCAGACUGUGGAUAUUUAUUAUUCUGUUCUCACUCCUCUCUAGAACUCACGAUGGAAGCCUGGAGGAUUUGAACAAAGUGAGCCAGAAGAAGAUCAAGGAGCUGUAUGCGAUCUGCCAGGACGGCACCUUGUCAGAAGUCCCAACUGUGAUCUCAUCUGUUUUGACGGACCCCACACAAAUACGACUAGACGUCGCCGUGAUAGGUGAAGUUGGCUCAGGGAAGUCCUCGCUGGUUAAUGUUCUGAGGGGGGUGGGCUGUGGGGAACCAGAUGCGGCCCCCACUGGGGUGACCGAGAUGACGAAGGAAGCCGUGCCCUACCUGCUCCCAGCUGUCCCCAACCUUUACCUUUGGGACUUGCCAGGAGUGGGGCUGACAGAGGAAGACGUGAGCCACCUGGAUCUCAGCCGCUACGACUUCUUCCUGCUGGUGGCCUCUGAGCGCUAUAAGCACACCCACAGCUGCCUGGCCAGAGCCAUCACCUCAGCAGGGAAGCAGUUCUUCUUUGUGAGGAGCAAGAUAGAUGUGGAUGUGGAGACCCGGCCUGGGAGCCAACCUGUCGCCAAAGAGGAAGUGCAGAGUCAGGUGCGGAAGAGCUGCGAGGAAGCUCUGAAGAAGGACGGCGUGGACUCCCCACAGGUCUUCCUGGUCUCCUGCCUCAAGCCAGAUGCCUUCGACUUGCCGCUCCUCCUGGGAGCCCUCAGCAGCAACGCUCCGGACUUGAAGAAGAAAGCUCUGAGGAAAGCCCUGCCAACCGUCCUGUCCCGAGUGGUUAGGCGGAAGGCCAAAGUGUUGAUGAAAGAUGUGUGGGGGAAGGCCCUUCAGAGCUGCCUCUUCUGGGUGGAGCAUCCCCAGCCAGACGUGGUCGACAGCCUCACCACCACCAUUGCCAGCUUCUGCAUAGAGUUUGGCCUGGAUGAGGCCUCCUUAGAGUACACUGUCCAGGCUACCGGCACAACCCGCCGGCUGCUUCAGGCAGUGAUCCAAAGCCCCUUUGCUAAACCACUGGACCCUGCGUACGUGCUCAGCCUCAUCACCAAGCCGACCUCCCUGACCAGCUGGGCAUGGAGCUAUGUGCCCUAUUUGGGGCGGGGUGUCAAGGUGGAGCCCGAAAUCUCCUUUGAGUCCACCUACCAGAUGUUGAGGCGAGCUGUGGUGGAACUGUCUGAGAAUGCAGAGGCGGUGCUGCUACUGGCCUACACAGAGAAAUAGAACUGGGUAGGAACUGAUUUAGAGGGUGCGAUGCUGAACACCGCCCUUAACAAUAUAACCUAUCAACGUAGAGCAUAAGGAGGACGAGAUGGAACAAGACCAAGGCUCUCCAAGGAGAGUGGCAUUAUGAUGGAUUUUAAAAAGUAAAGCGUCCAACUGUCUUGGUUAUAUACCAUCAUGACCAUCUGAGACCAAGACUUGUGGCAGAACUUGGCUAUGAGAAGGGGGGGGGGUCUAUUUGUCGCUGAGAUGAGAAGCGACACACUGGGUUGCAUCACUUUAGCCAGGGAAGACAGGGGUGUCACACGAUUCACCGCAACUAUCUGCUGAGGCAGCUAUGCUAAUUUCUUGACAACACCAGCCUUCUGUUGGGAGGGAGCUUUUUUUGGUUAGGGGAGGGGAUGAAAAGUCAAUUCUGUAAGCCCCCAGUGGUAUAGUAUGCACGAAGUUGUUGAGACCCCAGAAUUGUUGAGCUUCUUUGGGGAAACCUCCCCCGAAAAUAGCGAUUUUAUGCUUUUGGAGCUGUUUUUGCUGUUUAUUGCAUUGCAUUGCAUUGCAUUGCAUUGCAUUGCAUUGCAUUGCAUUGCAUUGCAUUGCAUUGCAUUGCAUUGCAUUGCAUUGCAUUGCAUUGCAUUGCCAUACAUCCGGGUUUCCCCUGACAUUUUGCAGAUUCAACAUUUUUGCCACUUUUACACCUGAAAACCAGGACAUGUCUGGAAUGUUCUUGACAUAUGGCAAGCCUAGCACAAGGACAACUUUACCAUCUUACAUGAUAUUUUUUUAAUGGAGCCAGAUCAAAACAAAUCCUUUUUGAACUCAGCUCAUGCAUUGUUAAGCAUUGCCUGUGAGAGUCAGUCAUUGCCCUUUUGCAGUGCUUACCAAUCCAUUGGGCUCACACUGGUCUUGCCUUGAAAAUGUCCCCCUGAAAGGGUGCCGGUUCUCGUUUUAGGACUGUAAUGAAUGGAAGAGGGGAAGAUUGUCUAAACGCUCCUUGCUGCCCAGUUCAAACCAAGUAGGCAGAAAUGUUGCACAUAUUAGCCUCAGCCACAGGGCAGAGCCAGCUGGGUUCCUGCUCCCUCCCUUCCACCUCUCCUUGUAUUUCCUUGUCUUUGGUUGCUUAUUGUGUGAUCUUGUUUCAAUAAUCUUAUUACAGUGGAGGCUGGCACAGGUGGGAACACUGCCUCACCAACGUUGAGUGCACCCACCUGCCUGCCACCUCCUUUUCAAGCGGUCCAUGGCUGCCAGCUUCCUUCUCCUCAGUUUCAGUGUUGGCUUUGCGUAACUCAACAAAGGGAGGAGGAGGAAGACAAUUUUAUUUGGUGCUCAUUGGCUCAGGCUCCAUCUACUGCUGGUCUCGCUGCCUUCCAUCCCCAGUGGGCACCAUCAGCCACAACUUACUUGUGAAUUCAAGAACCCUCCCUAGAGCAACUUUUGACUAAUUGUUCUGAUUGAGAGUAACUUUCAACAUGCAAAAAGCAAGUUGCCUUAGGAGCACUGCUUGGCCUUGGUUUAGAAACCCUUGGUUUAGAAAGAAACAAAUACCUUAAAUCACAGCCCAACCCUUGCUUGGCUUUGAAUGGCAGACAGGGAGUGGAGGUGGGAGGGAGAAUGAAAGUGCAAAGCCUCUUUGUUUGCACAAAACUAGGUGUGCAUCUUUUCUUUUCUUCUGGGACCCUGAUCUAUGCACCCAGAGGGAUUGACAUGUGCUCUUCCUUUUCAGAAGUAUUUGUUCUUUCAAGGAACAGAAGAGCCACUGUGCCUGUAUUGGGAAUGGAGCCUCAGAGGCUUUGUGUUGUUCAAACUAACUGGUUUUUUUUAAAGGCAAACACAAGUUGUUGAUGGGCACAAGGAAGAGUUACUAGUCAGCCACUCAUUAUCUAUGGCAUGUUAUGUAUUUGUUAAGUCAUGCUGCAAGAUGCUGCUAGAACGGCCUGCCAUUCCUUAUUAAUUGCUUGCUCAGUAAUAGGAUGCUGAUGCUGGGGUGGAGCCCAAACAGCUGUUUAUUCGCGAGUCUCUCAUCCGGCACUUGCUCAGCUCAAUGCAAGAAGUGUUGUUUAUGUGGCGUCGCUUGCUGUUACCUAUAUGAUAAAUAAAGUUGUGAAAUGGUGGGAAAUGUUGAUGUUA